AAACUUCAACGGCACUUAUGACUAUGAAACAUAACUGAACCUAUUACGGAAUAACAGUCUCCUCUAUGUCAUAUCUACUCGAUCCCUCAACUGAGUAUACGAACUGCCUCUCGAAAGCCGCUUCGCUCCAUCCCAACUCACACUCUAGGAUUAUCUUCCUGUUACAGUCUCUUCCUCGUUUUCUUUGUUUGACGCUCCAGCCCAACUCGCAACUUAAUUGCGCCGUCAACUCCUGUCAACAAUCGUCCCUCGUCUUCAACAGCCGCAUACCAGCGACCACUGUGGGUAAAAUUACCCUUCGUUCCAUUCUCUCAUCACGUUCACUGUGGGCAAGCCUGUAGGUAAGUGGAUUAUACUUACCCAUAGGUUAACCACGAACGGCUCUUCUUCUUCCUCACGUUCACGUUGGACGCUGCCUGCAACCACGAACGUCGUUCAUGGAGAACAAACCCAUGAUGCCACGACCUUUGACAACAGUAGCGUUUUCCCUCUAUGCGGAUUAAGUGAGGUUGGAUACAACAAACAAACGAGGUUUCGGGUCGUUUUGGGUGAGAUUUAGUGGAUUUUGAAUGGUUUCAGGGCUAUGCGAAGACUUUUCAGCAAAGACCCAAGCCUACUUUGGAACGUUUAGAUGCUUUUAGAUUGGUAAAUUCAGAUUUCGUCUCAUAAAUCCCAAAACCUUGCCACUCUUACGCCCAGUGGCGCCACCGUUUAAGCCCUAACGAACUUACGCAUCACACUUUUUGCCACCUGAAGAACAUGUCGGAAUCGGCACCAGAUUUUCUUCGAACUCAUGAGCUCCGUCUCCUCUACUGCACAUUCUCUUCUCUGCCCUCUGAUUGUCCGGCUGCUUCUCAGACUCAAACUUCACCCAACGGUCUCCAUGAAUGUCUAGACAUCUUCGUGAAUUCUAUUGUAGCCGGCGACUACCAGAAAGCCCUUGCUUCCAAUGCUGCUCGACUUGUGCUUGGACUUGUCAAUCCAUGUCAAUUCACUGACUCGACUGAGUGUGCAGAGCAGGUGUAUGCUGAGUUGCUCGAGUGUGCUGAGAAAUUUGUAAUUAGCAAAUUCGAAAACGAGGAAGAUAGAUUGUGUAGGCUGAUGAUCGUGGUCUGUAUUGCAAUUGCAUCAUUUCUCUCAUUUACUCAGAGUAACGUGUCUGGACCAUUAGAGGGGCUGGCUAGAUCUCCCAUGGCAGUCAUAGAGUCGAAAGUUGAAGGUUUUGUGGAGUGGGAUAAUUGGGCGAGGCACCAGCUGAUGUUUACUGGGUCCGAUUUAUUUGGCAAAUUCACUAAUAUUCAGUAUAUUGUGUUUGCAAAGAUGCUACUCACAAGGAUUAAAGACAUGCUAUCCAAAGAAAAUGCGAGUUCAAUAUGUGGGAUGAAAAGCAUUUCUUGGUGGCUUGCCAGAGUACUACUUUUUCAGCAAAGAAUUUUAGAUGAGCGGUCGUCUUCUUUGUUUGAUCAUUUGCAAGUCCUUAUGGGUGAAGCCUUAGUUGAUUUUGGCACUCAGGAAAAUGUAAAGAGUUAUUGGGGUGCCAAUUUACAAGAAGGAGAGGCUCCAAUGAUAGUCUCGAUGAUUCACUUGGAAGCUGGGAUAAUGGAAUAUCAUUAUGGAAGAGUUGAUUCAUGCAGGCAACAUUUUGAGUCGGCUGAAGCAGAAUCUGGUCUUGAGCUUUCUAUUACGGGUGUUCUUGGUUUUCGUACUUCAUAUCAGGUGGAACCAAAGGCACAAUUAGUGCUUGUUGCGAAUAUAGACUCGUCAGAGAGGGAGCCGGGGAACCGGGCGCAUGGUUCUACAAUGCACAAGGAUAAUUUGCCUUCUCAAUCCAAAACUUUUGAGACCUCUGACAUACUAAUGGCGCCAAAGUUGUUAAAUACUGACGACGAGUCUGGAACUAAAGCAGAUGGGAUUCAUAAUGGUGGUUCCACUAUUCCUAAUCUCAGGCCAAUUCAGCAAGCAAUCAUUUUGGCAAAAUGCCUUCUAAUUGAGAAGAGUUCUCGAUCUGAUGAGAUGCAGCGGUGGGACAUGGCUCCAUAUAUAGAAGCUAUUGACACUCAGCAGUCAUCAUUGUUUAUGGUGAGGUUUUUCUGCAACAUCUUGCGAGUUCGAUGGGAGUCCAGCCGUAGUCGUACAAAGGAGCGUGCUUUAGUGAUGAUGGAAAAAUUGGUUGAGGGUUAUUAUGAUUGCUAUCCAGGAGUGGUGCAAAGGAUGUAUUUCUGUUGCGGGGUUUAUGUUCCUACUUUUCCUGCUUUGCGGAAAGAAUAUGGUGAACUUUUAGUGAGCUGCGGUUUAAUUGGCGAGGCAGUUAAAAUAUUUGAGGAGUUGGAGUUGUGGGAUAACUUAAUCUUCUGUUACCGCUUAUUAGAGAAGAAAGCAGCAGCUGUAGAUCUCAUCAAAAGUCGACUUUCUCAAAUGCCCAAUGAUCCCAAACUCUGGUGCUCGUUGGGUGAUGUUACAAAUAAUGAUGCCUGCUAUGAGAAAGCCCUGGAAGUUUCAAAUAAUAGAUCAGCUCGAGCUAAGCGAUCCCUUGCUCGUAGUGCAUACAGCAGAGGGGACUAUGAGACCUCUAAAACCCUGUGGGAAUCUGCAAUGGCCUUGAAUUCUAUGUAUCCAGAUGGUUGGUUUGCUCUUGGUGCUGCUGCAUUGAAGGCAAGGGAUAUUGACAAGGCACUUGAUGGUUUUACUCGUGCAGUUCAACUUGAUCCUGAAAAUGGGGAGGCUUGGAACAAUAUUGCUUGUUUGCAUAUGAUUAAGAAAAGGAAUAAAGAGGCCUUCAUUGCGUUCAAAGAAGCCUUGAAAUUCAAACGAAAUAGUUGGCAAUUGUGGGAGAACUACAGCCAUGUUGCUUUGGACACUGGCAAUAUUGGCCAGGCAUUAGAAGCAGUACAACAGGUAGCAGAUAUGACUAAUAAUAAAAGAGUUGAUGCCGAAUUGCUGGAGAGAAUCAUGCAGGAGGUAGAAAGGAGAGCUUCAAAUAGCCAUUCUGAAUCAAAUUAUCAUGAAGCAGACUUGGCGGUUGAAAAAAGCAGGGAAACUGAUCAUAUGGUGGAGUUAAUUGGAAAAGUUCUGCGUCAGAUUGUUCGAGUUGGGACUGGAGCAGACAUAUGGGGCAUAUAUGCAAGGUGGCACAAAAUUAAAGGAGACUUCACCAUGUGCUCUGAGGCCCUUCUGAAGCAAGUUAGAUCAUAUCAGGGUUCAGAUCUUUGGAAAGAUAGGGAGAAGUUCAUCAAGUUUGCACAAGCUUCAUUGGAACUAAGCAGGGUCUACAUGCAUAUAUCAUCGACUGCAAAUAGUCAGCGAGAACUAUAUGCAGCUGAGAUGCACCUCAAGAACACAGUAAAACAGGGUGUAAACUUCUCAGACACCAAAGAAUAUAGGGAUCUUGAAGCUUGCCUGGAUGAAGUGAAGACAAGAUUGGAAUCUAACUCUAUUCUCCCUUGAGUUCUUAUUUAGAAGUUUGCUAUACUUAUACACCUCACUCAGGCGAAAGAUUAUACAACAUGGAUGGCUCUGUGCAUGGUUCUUGCUUCUGAUUCUAUUCCGGUUCCUUUGAAUCUUUUCGAAUUGGUCGAUUGAAAGGGGCUCAUAGUAUUACUGCUUUCAUGGAAAUUCACAGCUUCUUCAUGUCUAGUGUGCCAAAGUCUGGAGUUCACUGCACAGAUCACAUAUGUGAAGAACUGUCAAAAUAUUUGCUGUGAGCUAUCCCCAUCUCUCCUAUGCUAGAUAUUUAAAAAUUUUGCUCCAUUUGGGAGAGAAGAUAUUCUAUUAACCAAAUUUCUAAGUUAUGGAAUUUUUUCCAUAUUCCGAGGAAAAAGUUUUGCUUUAAUUUUCAAUGUUUACGAGCGGAUGUAGAAGAGAUUCUAUCACUAGAAAAGAAGUGAAUUGCACCAAAUCAAUGGAAGUUCUUUAGUUGUUUUAGUUGAUUGUAUAAGAUUAAUGCAUACAAAUUCUAAUGAAAAGUUGAUUGUACAA